CUCGCCUUCUUCUUCCUCCCCCAAGGCCCCAAGCCGCGCGACCCAGAGCAAAAGCCAAAAGCCCGAGCUCCACACCCCCCACCGCCCAUCCGCCGCGAAGGCGCGAAGCCCCGUCACCGCGCGCGCGCGCGCGCACAGCCAUGUUCGCCGCCGCCUCGUGAUCCCGAAGGCUCCCCGCAUCCACCCACCCACUCACCCCUCCCUCGGGGGGGAGGGAUUCUUCGGCCAUGGCGGCAUCGGAGCGGGAGGCCGCGCUCCUGGCCCGUGUGGCCGCGAACCACCUCUACCUCGGGCAGUUCGAGGCCCUGCGAGCGGCGCUCCUCAGCCUACGCCGCCGCGCCGACCCGGGCCUCGCCGCGGGAUUCCUCCGCGCCGUCGUCGCCGCGGGCGGCCGCGUCCCCGGGGUGCUCUGGUCCGCCCCACCCGCGUGCCCUUCCCCGUCCCACCUCGCCUGGCUCACCGCGCUCGAGCUCGCCGCCCUCCCGUCCACCCCCAACCCCGAGGCGCUCCGCCUCAAGGCCGAAUUCCUCGUCCUCCUCCAGCACGUCGCGGACGACCCCGCUGCCACCGGCGCCGAGGCGCGGGGGACCCUCUCUAGGCUGCUGGAUUUGGGGGUGGCGAGGCUCAAGCGCGAGGUGGAGGGUGGAGGGGAGGCGGGCGUCGGUGCUGAGGAGGUCGCGGUCUCCCAGGAAGAUCUGACGGGGCUCUGGGGGGUGUUCCUAGACAAGGCCGAGCUGUUUGACGCGCUGUGUUCUGGCGUCUCGAGGCAGGUCGCAUUGGACAGUGGUUUAGGCACGGAUGUGCUCCUGUGGCUGCGGCGGAGCGUGCAGCUUGCACACCUGGACGCAAUGAAAUCACUUGUAGCGGCAGGAGAUCUCGAGGGUGCCACUGGGCAUCUUCGAUUCCUUUGCCUCGAUCAUGGAGUGGAGGAGGAUGAGUAUAAGAUUGCACUAGGAGAUCUUGUCAGAAGGGGUUGGCCAAAACCAUCGAAUUAUGGUGGAACAUGGUUUGAGUCACACGAUAGAAUAAUUAAAAUGUUUGGAUCAGCUCUUCAGUCUAGCACUCCCCAGCUUGUUCAACUGAUUCAGCUCAUCUUGGAUGACAUUCUUUCUGAAGAAAUCGAAGACCAUGGUGCCUCUGAUGCUAAUUGGAUGCCCCUUCCUUUCAAAAAGUUUAUGGAAACAUUGUCCUUGGAGAGGGGUGCUUAUUUGGAUGACAAAACCAUGCUGAAUAGGGCUAUAACAUCCUGCAAGAAAGAUCUGUAUCAUUAUUCCCGAAUUUCUGGAAAACAUGUCCUUGAAGUCGUUAUGGAAACUGUUCUUUCUUUGAUUAAGAGGGAGCAGCUUCAAGAAGCAGCUAACGCCAUUUCAAUGUUUCCCCUACUCCAACCAUUGGUUGCUGUCUUGGGGUGGGAUAUUCUGAAGGGUAAGACAGCACUGCGGAGAAAGCUACUGCAGUUAUUUUGGACGAGCAAAUCCCAAGCCCUACGACUACAAGAAUAUCCACAUUACCGUACAGAGACAGAUGAGACAUCCUGCGAGGAGUACUUGUGUGAUCUUCUAUGCUUUCAUCUGGAUGUUGCAUGCUUCGUUUCCAGUGUUAAUUCUGGGCGCCAAUGGAAUUUGAGGAAUUCACUGUUGUUUACCCAACAAGAGCAAGAUUCUGAUGUUAACAGUACAGAAAUAUUAGACCCUUUUGUUGAGAACUUGAUACUUGAACGGCUAGCUGUGCAGACCCCCAUUAGGGUGCUAUUUGAUGUUGUCCCAGGAAUAAAGUUUCAAGAUGCAAUUGAGCUUGUUGGUAUGCAGCCACUUUCUUCAACAACUGCAAUUUGGAAGAGGAUGCAUGACAUUGAGCUGAUGCACAUGCGAUAUGCGCUUCAGUCAGCCGCCCUUUCUCUAGGAGAGAUGGAAAAGAGUGCAAUUGAUGGGAAUGAACACCAUUAUCAGAUAGCCUUGUCAUAUUUGAGGGAGAUGCAAAGUUUUAUGGAGGCUAUCAAAAGUACUCCACGAAAGAUUUACAUGGUCAGCAUUGUAUUAUCAUUGUUACAUAUGGAUGACAGUAUAAAGCUGUCAGAAGUAGCCCCUUCUGAAUGUUCUGUUAGUCAUGAGUGCUUCGAUAGUAAUGUUGAAUCUGAAGAGAAGAACAUGGUGACAUCCUUUGUCGGGCUUCUUCUUGAUAUACUUCGUCAUAAUCUUAUGUUAGAUAUGGAUAAUCAGUCAAGUAUGGGGCUAUCACCUGCUGGCAGACAAGCACUAGAAUGGAGAUUCAAACAUGCCAAACAUUCCAUUGAAGAUUUGGAUUGGCGUCUAUCUGUUCUACAACGCCUUCCACCUCUGUCUGAACGGCAAUGGAGUUGGAAGGAGGCAUUAGUUCUUUUACGUGCUGCUCCUUCAAAAUUACUCAACGUAUGUAUGCAAAGGGCAAAUUAUGAUAUAGGAGAAGAGGCUGUACAGCGGUUUUCUUUGCCUGCUGAGGAUAAAGCUUCUCUUGAACUAGCCGAAUGGGUAGCUGGUGCGUAUAGAAUAGCACUGGUUGAAGAUGCUGUAAAUCGUGCCACAGACAACUCAAAUGCCACACAAGAAUUGGAUAUCUUGUCAUUUCGUGCUCAGCUUGGUCCUUUAACUACUAUUCUGCUCUGCAUUGAUGUAGCUGCAACUUCUGCUAGGUCAGGAGAUAUGUGCCGAUUUCUUCUUGACGAGGCUACAAGUUUGUUAUCUGAAAUAUUUCCAGGAAGCUCCCCAAAAGUAGGUCCAAAUUAUUGGGAUCAGAUUCAAGAAGUUGCUCUCAUAUCAGUGAUAAAACGCAUCCUUCAGCGUCUACGUGACAUCUUGGAUCUGGAGGGCUAUCCAUAUCUUCAAUUAGUUUUUACCGAGAUGAAUGCCUCCUCAUCAACUGAAUCUAGCAGAGUUGGACAAAAGCAACGUCCUCUUGGGCUUCUGCACCAAAUGAUUGAUGAUGCUUUCAAAGGAAAGCGACAAUUCUUAAAUGGUAAGCUUCACAAUGUUGCAAGAGCUAUUGUUGAUGAGGACUCUGAUGGUACUUAUUCAAAGGAGAGUAUCAAGAUAGAAAAGAGAGAUAUUUUGAGCUCUGAAAAAGGAAUAAUCCUUGGUCAUGGACUUAGAAUCCUAAAGCAAGCAUCUAGGACUGACCAAACAGCGUCAACUGUUGUUGAAAACAAUGCAGAGCACAAAGGAUCUACUAGCAGAUACCUGGGUCCUGUAUCCACUAAGCCAUCAACAUAUUUAUCAAAUUUCAUAAUAUAUAUUGCAACCAUUGGUGACAUAGUGGAUGGAACUGAUACGACUCAUGAUUUCAACUACUUCUCCUUAGUCUAUGAAAGGCCCAAAGAUCUUUUAACUCGUCUUGUUUUUGAGCGCGGAAGCACUGAUGCAGCUGCAAAAGUAGCUGAUACAAUGGGUGUAGACUUUGUGCAUGAGAUCAUAUCUGCUUGUGUGCCACCUGUUUUUCCUCCACGCACAGGACAAGGAUGGGCUUGCAUUCCUCUUUUACCUACCCUUUCUAAAAUUAAUUCGGAAAACAGAUCACAAUCUGCUCAAGGAUGGAGUGCGCACGAUUCAUCAUUGUCUUCUCGUCAGGAGCCCCUUUAUCCUCUUCAAUUAAAUUUAGUUAAACAUUUGGCACAGUUGUCAUCAGUUAGAGCAGUUUUGGCAUGUGUGUUCGGAAGUAGCAUACUAUCUGGUGACAGUGAAUUAUGUUCCAAUGUAAAAGAUGCAAAACAAGCCCCUGAAAUCAAGAGGUCAUUCUAUGAAUUUGCUCUUGAGCAAUCAGAAAGGUACCCAACAUUGAACCGUUGGAUACAGAUGCAGUGUAACCUUCAUCGAGUAUCUGAAUCUGCUGUAUCAGCUGAAACUGACAAUGAAGUCACCUUGCAUCAGCCCAAGGGAAAGUUUUCUUCGAAGCGAGCCCGUGAACCUGACAGUGAUGCCGAAUCGGAGAUUGAAGAUAUUGUCAUAAGCGGGAAAUCCACUUCAAAUUCACUAGAAUCUCCUAAGUGUGAUGAGGCUAAAUUAGAGCCAACAACUUUUAUUUCAUUUGACUGGGAUAAUGAAGGACCAUAUGAGAAAGCAGUUGAAAGGCUAAUUAAUGAAGGAAAACUGACUGAUGCUCUUGCUUUAUCUGACCGCUGUUUGCGCAAUGGAGCUUCUGAUAAAUUGCUUCAACUGCUCAUUGAACAAAGGGAAGAAAUAAGUUUAGGGGCCAGACAGUCCCGUGCAUAUGGAUCUCAUAAUUUUGGGAGUGAUACAUGGCAGUAUUGCUUGAGGCUGAGAGAUAAGAAACUGGCAGCUCAACUUGCUCUGAAGUACCUGCACAAUUGGGAUCUUGAUGCUGCAGCAAAUGUUUUAACUCUGUGCAUCUGCCACUUACCUGAGAAUGAUCCAAUGUGGAGUGAGGUGCUACGCAUGAAGCAAUCUUUGCAACGCUAUGGUCAUAUUAUGACUGCAGAUGACCAUUACACCAGAUGGCAAGAGGUCGAAGUUGAUUGUGAAGAUGAUCCAGAAGGUUUAGCACUUCGACUUGCUGCCAAAGGAGCUGUUUCUGCUGCUUUAGAGGUUGCUGAAAGUGCCUCUUUAUCAAUUGAUUUGCGGAGGGAACUGCAAGGCCGGCAAUUGGUCAAACUUCUAACCACUGAUCCACUGAAUGGCGGAGGGCCAGCUGCAGCUUCGCGGUUUCUGUCAACCUUGCGAGAUUCCAAUGAUGCUCUCCCUGUUGCCAUUGGUGCCAUGAAGCUUCUACCUGACCUGCGCUCAAAGCAGCUUCUUGUACACUUUUUUCUUAAGCGUACAGUUGGGAAUCUGUCAGAUGAUGAUGUUGCACGACUUAAUUCAUGGGCCUUAGGUCUCCGGGUUCUGUCCUUAUUGCCAUUGCCAUCACAACAGCGUUGCUCUUCUCUGCAUGAACAUCCUCAGUUGAUCCUGGAAGUAUUAUUGAUGAUGAAGCAACUCCAGUCUGCUUCUUUGAUUUUGAAAGAAUUCCCAUCCCUGAGGGAUGACAAGUUAAUUGUUACUUAUGCUAAGAAAGCAAUAUCUAUUAAUGUUAAUUCUACUCCUAGGGAACCUCGACUAACUAUCUCUGGCUCAAGAGCAAAGCAAAAAAAGGUUGCUGCACCAGCCAAAACAAAUUUUGUGCAGAGCUUUGGUAACUUCCAGAGAGAAGCACGCAAAGCAUUCUCAUGGGUCCCUCGUGAUAGUGGCACCAAAACACCCCCAAAAGAUAUUCUUCGGAAAAGAAAGAGUUCAGGUUCAGGAGGUGAAAGGUCCUCUUGGGAAGCAACACCUAGUGUACAGGAGGAGCGGGCACCUGAAUACCCUUCUGAGGGGCAAGAAAGACUUCCUUUUGUCUCUGCUCCUGAGGAAUGGGUGCUUACUGGAGACCCUGAUAAGGAUAACGCAACUCGUGCAUGCCAUAGAUACGAAUCCUCCCCUGAUAUUACAUUAUUUAAGGCAUUGCUUUCAUUGUGCACCAAUGAUUCAAUAGCUGGGAAAGGUGCACUCGAAAUUUGUAUAACUCAGAUGAGGGAUGUGCUGAGUUCCCUACAGUUGCCCCUCAAUGCGUCUAUGGACAACAUAGCUCGAGCUUAUCACGCGACAGAAACUUAUGUACAGGCACUCUCUUAUGCGAAAAAUCUAUUGAAAAAACUAGUGGGGACUAGUGAUUUGUCAAGCAGCUCCGAAAGAAGUAGAGAUGUUGAUGAUAUUUCUGUGGACACGGGCAGUUCAAGCGCUGGAAGCCAAAAUAUAGAUGGGCUGUCUGAUCUCCUACCUCUAGCUGAUUUGUGGCUAGGGCGUGCAGAACUACUUCAAAGCCUUCUGGGGUCAGGGAUUAUUGCCUCACUAGAUGACUUUGCUGAUAAAGAAUCUUCAACUAAUCUGCGUGACAGAUUGGUCAGCGAUGAACGGUAUAGUAUGGCUGUAUAUACUUGUAAAAAAUGCAAGAUUGACGCCUUUCCAGUUUGGGUUGCAUGGGGCCAUGCUCUAGUUCGAAUGGAACAUUACUCUCAAGCACGUGUGAAGUUCAAGUAUGGAAAGCUCUGCUUACAAGCUCUUCAACAAUACAAAGGGGAUGCAACUCAUUUUGUCCUUGAAAUCAUCAGUACAAUUGAAGGAGGGCCUCCUGUUGACGUUUCUUCUGUCCGUUCUAUGUACGAACAUUUAGCAAAAAGUGCAGCUACCAUUUUUGAUGAUUCACUUUCUGCUGAUGCUUACCUCAAUGUUCUCUACAUGCCAUCCACAUUCCCACGAUCUGAGAGGUCCAGGCAAUCGAAAGGUCCUAUGGACAGCCAGUUUGAAUCUGUUGGUUCAUACCUAGAAGAUGGUCCUCGCAGCAACCUUGAUGGAAUCCGAUAUGCCGAGUGUAUUCAUUACUUGCAAGAAUAUGCUCGACCAGAAAUGCUUGCUUUCAUGUUCAGGCAUGGUCAUUAUGCAGAAGCGUGCUCCCUGUUCUUUCCAUCAAAUCAACCAACUGAUGAAGGGGAAACAUCUUUGUCUUCAAUUCCGCGAAAUGAUCCUUUGACAACUGAUUAUGGGACAAUAGAUGACUUGUGUGAUCUGUGUCUUGGAUAUGGUGCUAUGACUGUUUUGGAGAACACAAUCUUGACAAUUACUCAGUCACCCACAUAUCAGGGCUCAGCUAUGACUCAGUACAUGAAUGCUAUCCUCACUCGCAUUUGCAACUAUUGUGAAACACAUCGGCAUUUUAAUUACCUCUACAACUUUCUGGUUCUAAAAGGUGACCAUGUUGCUUCUGGACUUUGCUGUAUUCAAUUGUACGUUAAUUCAAUGUCUCAAGAGGAGGCCUUGAAGCAUUUGGGACAUGCCAAGUCACAUUUUGAGGAAGCCUUAUCAGUGCGAGAUAGAACAACUGAGGCUACAAAGCUGGUACCAAGAACUGCUCGCAAUAAGAGUGCAUCAGAAAAAAUGACUCGAGAAAUGAUAAUGAAAUUUUCUACUAGGGUGUCCUAUCAGAUGGAUGUAGUGAAGGCCCUCAAUAGUGUAGAUGGUCCACAGUGGAAAACUUCCCUUUUUGGGAAUCCAACUGAUGCUGAAACUCUGAGGCGGAGGUGCAUGGUUGUUGAAACGUUGGCUGAGAAGCAUUUUGAUUUAGCUUUUCGGAUGCUUCAUGAGUUUGAUCUCCCUGCUGUUGAUAUAUAUGCUGGUGUGGCAGCAUCCCUUGCAGAAAGAAAAAAAGGUGGCCAAUUGACUGAGUUUUUGAAGAACAUAAGAGGAACCAUAGAUGAUGAUGAAUGGGAUCAGGAUGAAUUUGUUUCAUCAGGUGUUCAACUAUUUAACAUGUUACUGAUGUUCAGUCAACAUAUGCUUAAAGCCUUGGACAUGCUUUGCAUACUUAUGGUCCUUGACAGAACAAAUGUUCUGGGGGCUGCUAUAAAUGUUUACGCUAAUAAGCACAAAGAAAGACCAGAUCGCCUUAUCGACAUGUUACUCAGCAACCACAGGAAAGUACUUGCCUGUGUUGUGUGUGGCCGUCUAAAAAGUGCAUUCCAGAUAGCCUCCCGAAGUGGAAGUGUUGCUGAUGUUCAAUAUGUUGCUCAUCAGGCAUUACAUGCAAAUGCGUUACCCGUUCUUGAUAUGUGCAAGCAAUGGUUAGCUCAGUACAUGUAAUUCCAUGUGCUGUGCCACCCCAUAAAUGCUGGAGUGCUCAGAACUACACAAAAGAAUGGUAACAUCAGGAGACAUACUCCGUAGUUCUUUGGUGAAUGAUAACAUCAGGGGACAUACUACGUAGUUCUUUGGUGAAACUGCCCUGAGAAUGCUGAGAGCAAGAUCAAAGACCAUGGUGUACAGUUUUCCUUCCUCAUGUAAAGCAUGCGUGCACACCCAUGCCUCUAUAUAUAUUUGUUCUUGCAAGUGGCCUUUUUUGUGGCUCAUUUGCAAAGGGAGGUGCUUGUGGCUUCCUCUGUGGCUUAAAAUUUUGUAGUUAACUAGUAGUACAAAGGGAGGUGCUUGUGGCUUCCUCUGUGGCUUAAAAUUUUGUAGUUAAUUAGUAGUAGUUCCGUUGCCUCUUAUUAAAGUUGGAAAAUGUGGCGUUUUUUUUUUGUAUAAUGAAAAUAAUUUUUUUUGGCAGUACAAAACCACAGCCCAUGUGUACUUUUGGUGUAUCUGGGUUUGCCUGUGCACAGUCUGCCAAUCUAAAUUGAAUAAAUAUUGUUGGUUAAAGUUAA